AUGAAACCCGACAAUGAUCCGGAUCUACGGGUAAGUGAUCUAAUUGACUUUAAUGGUGGGGGGUGGAAUGUCAACUUGGUUAAACAAGUCUUCGAUGAAGAAGAGUGGGGGAGUAUCCUCAACAUUCCACUAUCGAGGUUUUGGCCGCGGGACUCACAGUUUUGGUGGCCAGCCCGCUAUGGGAUUUUCAUGGUUCGCUCCUGCUAUUGGUUGGCCCGCCUUGGGCACUUACGUACCUGGGCUCUUCAGUUUGGCGCAAGGGAGACUGAGUUGUGGAGAGCAGUGUGGAGGUUGGAGGGUCCACCAAAAUUAAACCAUUUUAUCUGGCGAGCGUGCAAAGGGAGCUUGGCGGUAAAAGAACGGCUAGCCUCGCGUCAUGCUGCUCUGUCUAGCCAAUGCCCGGUUUGUAACAAAGCAGAGGAAUCCAUCAUCCAUGCCCUCUUCGAAUGUACUUAUGCACAGCAGCUAUGGCGUGCGAGUGAAUGGGGUUCACUGUUGACCGAUGAUCCAUCAACAUCAUUUGCGGAUCGAUUUGAAUGGUUUAAUUCGCGACGGGAUGGUGAGGAUGUGCAAAGAUUUUGUGCGUUGGCAUGGGCUGCGUGGGAGUAUGCAGAGAAGGUGUUUAAACCUUCGCACUCUUGGAAUUUGAUGGCUUCAUGUUGGAGUCCUCCAGUGGAGGGGUGGGUUAAAAUAAAUUUUGAUGCUCAUAUAAGUGCAGUGGUUGAAGUGGGCCUUGGAGUGGUAUGUAGAGAUCACCAUGGUCAUAUUAUUGCUCUUGGAGUUAAGCGUGUGGAAGCUAGCUGGGAGCCAAGCUUGGCAGAGGCAAUGGGAGCCCGUUACGCUAUGGAGUUGGCUGCUAGAUUGGGCUACAUGCGGCUAGUUCUCGAAGGGACUCUUUGA